AUGGGGAAAGGCGGAUCGGGCGCAGGGGGAGCCGGGAUGGGCGGCGGUGGGGGAGGCGGCGGGGGAGGCGGCGCGGCAGGAAGCGCGGUGCGCGUGUGCGUGUUCGACUCGCGACGGGGGAAGCGGGAGGGGGAAGAGGCGGAGAAGCUUCUGUUCUUCUUUCCGCCCGCCACUCCGCCGUCCGAGCAAGUGGCGCUGCUGGGCCUCUGGGAAGGCCUCCUCGCCUUCAGCAGAAUCUUCUCCCCCCAUCGCCCCUGUGAGGUGAUGCGAGCGCAUUUCAACCGCCACGUGCUGCUGGAGUGUGAGCCGGGCAUCUUCAUGGUGCUGGUGGUGGAGUGUCGGGGGGUGAACGGCAUCGUGCCGCCCGACGCUACAGUGCGCGACGAAGCUCUUCGGCAGUAUCUGGUGGAGGCGCAUGCGCUUUUUUGUCUCUUCUUCAGCAGCAUCGACCGCCUGUUGCAGCAACAACCUCCCUCUCCUCCUCCUCCUCCUCUCCCCUCAGAAGCAACAACUGGGCCUUCAUCAAAUCCUUCAUCAGAUCUUGAGUCCAGCACACCUUCACACGAUUCACACGAUUCCCCGUCGGCCGUUCCCCCUUCAGCCGACUUAGCCCGUGCUUGCCUGCAAGCCUUCCUGCCAGACUUUCUCACGGGCGGGUCCCCGGAGCCCUCCGCUCUCACCUUCCCCUUCGCCCUGGCCGCCCCCGCCACUCCUCGAGUCCGCCUGCCUGCUCUCCUCGACUCCCUCUCCAGCCGCCUCUCCUGCCGCCAGCUCAACCUCCCCCGCUCCCUCACACUGCCGGCACUAUCGCUCGCCCAUCGGUUGGCGGACGCCUUUCAAGGCGCGGCGCUGCUGCUGUGCCACAACCUGCUGCUUGCCUCUACCCUCUCCCCGGCUGACACUGCAGCACUACACUCCUAUGCCUGCCUGCGCCUUCUCCCCUCCUCCCUCUCCCCUUCCUCCUCCUCCUCUUCCAUCCUCCGCUCCCUCUCCCCCUUCCGCUCCCCCUUCGCCUCCUCCUCCUCCGCCUCCUCCUCCCCCUCCUCUCACCGCCCCUCCUCCCCCUCGCCUCGUCGCACCUCUUCCUCUUUCCUCAGCCCCUCACUCACUCCCUCACUCACUCCCUCACUCGCUCCCACCCUACCUCGCUCCUCUUCCACUCCCUCGCUCGCCCACCUCUCCCCUUUCGCCCACACUCCCCCUCUCUCCCCCUCUGCUUGCCCCAACCCCAACCAGCCAUUCCCCCCUUCCCCAUCCGCCUCCACCCCCCCCACCCUCUCCUCCCCUUUCCCCCUCCCCUACACCUCCCCUCCCCUACCCCUUCGCCCAUCAUCCUGGGCCAAAUCCACGUCAGGCCACUCCCUUUCCACGUCAGCAUGGGGAUUAGAUCCCCAAACCAGCACCCCUCUUCCCCCUCUUGUCUACCUAAGGUCUUUGGGAGUCGAGGUGGGGGGAGGAGGGGCGGGAGGAGGGGUGGGAAGUGCGGGGGGAGGGGAACGAGGAGAGGAAGGGGCGAAGGGAAAGGGUGGUGGAAAGCGGGAGGGUGGAGGGGAAGGGGGAGGGGGAGAGGGAGAGGCAAAGGGAGCAGGAGUGGUGGGAGUGUUGCGGGUGUUUUAUGUGAAGGACCUGACAGCACUGGUGGUGGAACCACUACUGCCAACAGCAGCAGCAGGAGCAAGGGAGGGACAGUGGAGGAACAAUGAAGCUGAUCAAGCGAAUCUGCACCCCGAGCUGCUGAGGGAGAUGGAAGCACUGGAGGCGUCGCUUCAACGACACCACAUCAACCCGCAGGCCGCCCACAUUCAGGGUUAUCGAUACCUCUGCACCGACCCUCUGCUCCGCUCCUUCUCCGCCUCCCCGCCCUGCAAAGUCACCACCCUUGCCAAGGAUUCUUUGGCAGUGCUGAAUCAGAUGAGACACGAGGCGGACAGACAGCAGCAAAGGAGGGAGAUAUUGAGGGUCCAGGGUGGAGGAAGGAAGACAAGAGAUGCUCUUACAGGGAGGGUGGGAAGAGGAGAGGAAGGCUGGAAGGAGCAACAUUCGGCCAGCACACGAGGAAUAGAUUCGGAGAUGGAGAAUUCCAAGGGCGAAGAGGGGGAUCGCAGAGGGAGAGAGGCGGAGGGAGCGGCAGAUGUGGGAGGCGAGGGGGAGCAGAGUGAAGCUGUUGUUGGGGAGAGGAAAGGGAUAAGUCCGAAGGAGGGAGGAGAGGGUGGGGUGGAAGAGGCGGGUGAGGAGUGGCUUGCGGAGAGGGAUGAGGAGGAGAUUGAGGAGGAAAGUGAGGAGGAGAGUGAGGAGGAGAGUGAGGAGGUGGCAUCGAAGGUGGGGAGGAAUGCGUGGGUGGUGGAGAGAAGGAGUGGCGGGCGGCAGCUGGUGGUGGCAGUGGAGAGAGGAUGCGACUCCCUGCUGGGAGCAGAAGAACUUGUGGACAGACUGAAUGCCCAGUGA